CCACUUCUUUCUAGUUCAACAGUACACAAAAAUGGCCGCUAUAAAUGCAAAUUUCAAUUCGUCAUACCAAUUUUUCUUCACUCUCGAUUUUGAUUUCUCCACCACCGCCUUGUUGUCUCUGUUCAACAACUAACAAAAACAAGAGUCCUUCCUGAAUUUUUAAUCAAUGGCGACCAGUACUUCAAAUGUUCAGGUGGAGGCUCUGCCACCUGCGCUUGAUUCUACUUCAGAACCACCUACUAUUUUUGAUGGAACAACAAGAUUGUAUAUUGCUUACAUCUGCCCUUAUGCUCAGCGUGUAUGGAUUGCCAGGAAUUGCAAGGGAUUGCAAGAAAAGAUCAAAUUGGUACCAAUUGAUCUACCAAAUAGGCCUGAUUGGUACAAGGAAAAGGUGUACCCUCCAAAUAAGGUACCAGCGCUUGAGCAUAAUGAUGAAGUGAUAGGGGAGAGUCUUGAUUUAAUCAAGUAUCUUGAUACCAACUUUGAAGGACCUGCACUUCUCCCAAAUGACCCUGCCAAGAGAGAGUUCGCAGAGGAAUUACUAUCCUAUGCAGGCGAAUUUAGUAGCGGUGUGAUUGGCUCGAUCAAGGGAGGCACAUAUGUUGGUGCUCCCUUUGACUACCUAGAGGCAGCCCUCUCCAAAUUUUCUGACGGGCCUUUCUUCCUAGGUGAUUUCAGUCUGGUUGACAUAGCUUAUGCUCCAUUUGUUGAAAGGUAUCAGCCCUUACUAUUGGAUGUUAAGAAGUAUGAUAUCACGACAGGAAGGCCGAAGCUAGCAUCAUGGAUUGAGGAGUUGAACAAAAUCGAUGGUUACACACAAACCAAAGUUAUUGAUCCUGCAGAGAUAGUUGCAAACAUAAAGACAAAAUUCUUGGGACUUUGAGUACUAUUCCAUGCUUGGAAAUCACCCUUCAUGAAGCCUUUCACUUGAACAUGUCGUACUAUAAAAGUGAAGUGUUUUAUUGCAAGCUCUGGUUGAUAUAACAAUAAUGAAAAAACUACAUAAAUGCGUAUGUAUUUACUGUUUGGAAGUUAUAAUUCCAUCUCAUAAUAAUAAUAAAAUACAGAUUACAUGAUUGAAGCUAUUCUCCGGUUCUUUCUGUCAGCAUUACUAAGAAACAGAUAGACCUGAAGCCUGAAGGGCAAAAUUGUACACAUGCAGGGCAAUAUGACCAACGAAAACACGAUGUAUCAUGUAAUUGAAGUUUGUAGUCAAUCAUGACCUGUGCACAAGAUUUUUGAUUA